GUCCCCAUGCAGGAGACUGGAACUAGUUUGUAGAGGUGUAGCCUGCUGGAUUAGUUAGUUUUUUGGACAAUAUCUGUGAAAGUGUGAGCAUCUUGUGCUUUUAUCCUGUUCCCCAGCAGCCUCUCUGGUCCGUACGUCUGUCCCGGACGAGGGGGCGGUGUGGUGGCGUCACGUCAUAUCAGCCGCCGUGCUCUGAUUGGCUGCCGACUCUCACCCGACACAGCUGUGAUUGUUUUCUGCAGAGGAAGCUCUUGUCCCUGGUAUGAGCCCUAUGCAGUGGAAUUGAGCAGCACUGUGUUUUUCUCUGUGUGUGGGGCUGCUGCUGAUGAUGUGAACAAAAACGUGAUUUCAACAGUUGUUGUUGUUGUUGUUGUAACGACCUGGAGUGGAGGUUUCUCUUUGGACCAGACCCUGAAAACGUCCUGAAAUCAAGGCUAAAAGUGCCAAAUGCCCAGACUAGAGGACCACUGCUGGAGCUGCUCCUGUGCAUCAAGAAUUGAAACUAAGCACUCGUCUGGAGCUAACUGGUUAGCAUACAAAGCUGAAGAAAUGAUGUCCAUCAUCACCUCGGUGCUCCGCAAUGCCUACGGCUCUCUGCACGACGUCCGGGCGGCCAACCUGAUCCGCCGGGGUCUCGUCCUCUUCACCGUCGGAGCGUUCCUCGCCCUGGUGCUCAACCUGCUGCAGAUACAAAGACAUGUCACCCUGUUUCCCGAGGAGGUGAUGGCAACUUUGUUUUCGUCUGCCUGGUGGAUCCCUCCUUGCUGCGGCACAGGGGCCGCUGUUGUCGGCCUGCUGUAUCCCUGCCUCGACAGCCAUUUGGGAGAGCCGCACAAGUUCAAGAGGGAGUGGGCCAGCGUCAUGAGGUGCAUCGCCGUGUUCGUUGGCAUCAACCAUGCCAGUGUUAAACUAGACUUUGCCAACAACGUGCAGCUCUCCCUUACGCUGGCAGCCCUGUCCUUGGGUCUGUGGUGGACAUUUGACAGAUCUAGGAGUGGCUUUGGUUUGGGCAUCACCACUGCCGUCCUAGCGACUGUGUUCACGCAGCUGCUGGUCUACAACGGCGUCUACCAGUAUACGUCUCCAGACUUCUUGUACGUACGCUCCUGGCUCCCAUGCAUAUUCUUCUCAGGCGGUGUUACCGUGGGAAACAUUGGACGCCAACUUGCCAUGGGUGGUAUCGAGAAACCCCACAUGGACUGAACGGUGGAAACACAGAAAAGCAGGCGAAGGACAGCCAAUGCAAAGAUGGACAAGUUAUAUGAAAAACGAGAAGAAUAACAGGAGAAAAAGACUCAUUGUUUUGACUUCAUCCUUUGGUCUUAUAACAAAGUGCGGGUCAGAAAAGCCCCUCAUCUAACGUGCCACGUCCUCUGUACCUCCUUGUGGCCAAACAGCCUCUCCCUCCCACCUCUGUUCUACUCAAUUAGAAUUAAGGCUUCCUUCACACCAGACAGGAGGACAGUGUUUGCCUUUUUUUGUUCGUUUUUUGAAGUGAACGGUUGACUGGUUUAAUUUUUACGCUGGAAGUGCGUGUUUUUCUGCAGUUUAUGGAGUGGAAGCGUGCGCGUGUGCUUUAGUGUGGAUGCAUUCUGGUCUUAGCAGAGAAGACUGCUUUGUUUUUAGCCUAAAUAUACAAUGAUCAUAAAAGGGAAAUGUUGUAUGAAUGAGCAAAAAAGGAAAUGUCUUCACUCAAUGCAAAGAAAUGCAUUCAGUGGCCUCAGUUGCGUGAAUGGGGCCCAGGGGGGGGAUGUAUGUUCCCACUCAAACCAAAUUAAGUAUUUAUUUUGUACGUUUUUUUUUGAAUGACCCCAAACCAAAUGUACUGUAGGGUUGAUAAUGAAUGUUGCUUCCCAUGUUGAAAGGAAACGUUGGAAAGUUCCUUUCUGGCUCAGAGUUAGAUGAGAGGAUUAAUGCCGCUCUUAUCUGUACGGUAUGUAGCUAAAGCCAGCAGCAGGGAGAAUUGUAUUGGUACAUAUUUACCAUAGAGAUGUUUUCCGCUAACACGUUUUAGACAAACAGAAAAGAGUAUUGUUAAGUAGGGAGAAGAAAGCAUUAGUCUGGAUUGAAAAACAAAGUCAUGUGCAUUUAGUUUUU